CCGGCAAGGGGCCAGACCCUCCGCCUCCGGCACCGACAGACCCCGGCAAGCAAGCAGACGACUCCACCGCCGCCGCCGCCGAGGGUUAGGAUUGGGGGCAUAAUGCUGCGUCUCAUCUCCGGCCAAGCCCGCCCCAACCACCCACCCACGCCCUCUUCCCCUGGUGUGGCGACAGGGCCUCGCUGCCCGGCCAACUCACACCCCCUCUCGCCGUGCCCGCCGCGAAGUAGACGCCCGGCCGGCGGCGAGGACGGCGAGGUAAGCCAGCCAACCGCAGUAACACACAUCCAUGCCCUCUUUUCUUUUGUGUUGUUGGUAGGACGUGGGUGACAAUAUGAACUUGCUGAAUCUGAACCUGAAAAAGCCUGUUUUGUCCUCUGUAACCACCAGCUCGACCUUUAAUUAAUUAUUAAGUAUCCCCCAAAGCGUUGCCCUCUUGAUCUGUAAGCUUUGAUUACCAGUAUUAGCCACGGCAAAUUAUUUGACUUGAUUCGAUGUUGCUUCUAGUGAAAAAUAAAACGUGUCAUAUGGCAAUUCUGGUCAGACGGGUUACUACCUCGAGGAAAUUAAGGCGCAAAUAUUGGUGGAAAGACAAUCUCAUUUAUCUACAGUGGGGACACUUCUGAAGAAGAAAAUUGCGCAUUUUUGUAUUUCUUAGCGGUCACCGACCCUGAAUAAUGAACCAAAUUCAGCAUCCUGAGUUACUCAUUUUGUACAGCUUCACCCGCUGCCAUCACCAGCUAUCAUCAUUAAUUAUCCGCAAAGACCCAAAGUUGUCUAUUUAAUAACAAUUUCAUGGUGAGUGGAGACAGGUAUUACGGCAUACAUAAUACUAGGAUCAGGAUGGUGUCAUUUUAUACUAAAGAUGCCUGCUUCCUGAUGAUGCCUUCCUUGAGCUGGUCAUCUUGAGUUGUUCUCCAAAGUUUAGAUUAAGAAAUCUCAAGGGUUGGUAAGAGCAAUUAUUGGGUUGGUAAGAAGCAGGAGUUUGUCGAUCAUCAUUCCGGCUUUUCUCAGAAACACAUUAGGGUCGCAGGAGCUUUGUCUGGUUGUUUGGCUGCUUCUUGAUGGCUUCAACAACUAGACUAAGCGUUCCCCAAUCACCAAGCCAUGACACUGUUUGGUGAUUUCAGAUCCUGAAGUGCGCAAGGAGGAGGCCACCACAGGUCCAAAUCUUGCCGGGUCUACAUUGAUUAAAAGCCAGGUAUGGUGGUGAUUCUUUGGUUUUCACUUGUAAAAGGAACAAGGGGGAUUUGAAGAUCAAAUCCAGCCACUUGUCAUCGGUUACAAGCUACCACACUCCGAGUUAUACCCAUCUCCCAUAAGGAUUCAGGAUCUUCACGAUUAAGCUUCAGUGACAACAAGACCAGCCAAGCAUCAAGUCUCUUCUUUUCGUGAUUGCUGUGACGGUUUCAGAUUCAGAAGCGCAAAAGGUGGUUACCAAGAGUAACCUGGGUCUAACCUACGACAAGGAAGCUAUUUGUUCUCCAUGCAUCUGAUAUAUUAGAUAGACAGUGAGGAAAUAGAGGACUAAGUUACAUGUAACGAUCACAUUAGUGAACUAUCCAAAAGCAGAGUACUCAUAUUGGCGAGCUAGCUGGUGUGGCAGAUUGGUAUUUUCAAACCUUGGGGCAUUUUAAGUGAGAUAUCCUAUACAGAAACGAUGCAUGUAUGAAAGUGGCCAUUGCAAUGGUAUUGUGGAAAAUAUACAGCUAGACCACCACGCAGUAGUGAAAUAUUGGCAAUUCUCAGAAAAUAAUGGCGGAGAUUGUGAUUCUUCUGACCAUUAAGAAGAUUGGAAUAGCCUUGGCGACUAGAGUGGUAGACCAGGCAAACACACAGUUUGCGAAGUACAGGACACAACUGCUAGAGCUACAGGGCAACAUGAGUCGUGUUGCCAGUGAGCUUCGCAUAAUGCAUGAUGUUCUCUGUCAAAUGGACAUACAAAACCGCAACAAUCAAGUGUAUGAGGGCUGGUUGGAGGAGGCGAGGAAAGUAGCACAUGUGAUGGAGGAUGUAGUGGAUGAGUACUUGUGUCUAGUUGGUCGGGAACAUGAUAUAGGAUGUUGCUUUUACCUGAAGAAAGGGUGCAAAAAGCCAAGAUUUAUGCUUUCUUUGAACCGGAUAGCUUUCAAGGUGAAGGAAAUAGAGAAAGACCUUUCACACUUGUCCGAGGCAAAAAACCGUUGGGUUCCAAUGACAAUCAAUGGGGAUACUAGUAACUCGAAUUAUAUUGUCAAGAGGUCCAAAGAUCUAGCAAACUUCUCACGUUCCCUUGAUGAAGAUCUAGUGGGAGUGGAUAAAAACAGAGAAAGACUUGAACAGUGGUUGACAGGUGAUAAUUUGAAAUGCUCGGUGAUUGCGCUGCUUGGAAUGGGAGGACUCGGUAAAACAGCUUUAGCUGCAACUGUCUACAAGAAGGAGAGAGAGAGAUUCCAGUGCCAUGCUUGGGUCUCCAUCUCUCAAACGUAUUCUAGAGAGGAUGUCUUAAGGAAUAUAAGUAAGGAACUUUCCAAAGAUAAUAAAGCCAACAUUCUAUCAAACACUGCAGAUAUGGACAUCACAUGCCUUGAAGAGACAUUGAAGAAGUUUCUAGAACAACACAAGUAUUUAAUCAUAUUGGAUGAUAUUUGGACUCCAGAAGCAUUUGAUGAAAUGUCUAGGGUGCUUAUUCAUAAUGAUAAGGGAAGUAGAGUAAUAAUCACAACAAGAGAAGGCGAUGUUGCUGCACUGGCCUCUCGAGGGCACAUCUUAACGUUGGAAGCUUUACCAGAAGACAAGGCAUGGGAUCUCUUUUGUAAGAAAGCUUUUCCAAGAGAUACAAAUCAUGAAUGUCCCAUGGAGUUGAAGUCUUGGUCUGAGGAAAUAGUUAGCAAGUGCAAAGGCUUGCCUCUUGUUAUUGUGUUAGUUGGUAGCCUUUUGCGUGUGCGUGAGAAAACUGUGGAAGAAUGGAGAAUAAUAAAUGGUCAGUUGAGUUGGGAGCUAAAUAAUAAUUCGAGGCUCGAUCAGAUAAGGAAUGUUUUACAUCUGAGCUUCAUCUACCUUCCAACACACUUGAAAAGUUGUUUCUUGUACUGCAGCUUAUUUCCAGAAGACCAUCUUCUCAAAAGGAAGGAACUUGUAAGGUUAUGGAUAGCUGAGGGGUUCAUUGAGGGAAGGGGUGAAAGCACAUUAGAAGAAGUGGCAGAAGGCCAUUUGAAGGAGUUGAUUGAUAGGAACAUGUUACAACUUGUUGAGAGGAACUCAUUUGGUAGGAUGAAAGAAUUCAGAAUGCACGAUAUCUUACGUGAAUUGGCAGUUGACUUGUGCAAGAAGAACCGUUUUGGUGCUACAUAUGAGGAUAAUUGUGGGGGUUCUCUUGAGACGGAUGGACGUCGAUUGGUUAUGCACAAACUAAAUAAGGAUGUUCAGCAAUCCUUUCCUAGUAUACACCAACUUCGAACUUUCAUUACACUGGACAGUAGCAUGCUACCAUCCACUCUACUACCUCUGCUAUGUAAGGAGUCAAGAUACAUGACAGUACUAGAAUUAAGUGGUCUACACAUUGUGAAGAUUCCAGAUGCUAUUGGAGAUCUUUUUAAUCUCCGCCAUUUGGGUUUGCGUAAUACAAAAGUGAAGAUGCUCCCGAAGUCUGUUGAGAAGCUUUCAAAUUUGUUGACAUUGGACCUUUCUCGAUCUGAUAUACAAGAGUUGCCUAGUGGGAUUGUGAAACUGAAGAAGCUUAGGCACUUAUUAGCUGAGAAAACAAUUGACCCAUAUUGGAGAGGGUUGCAAUGUUGCCGUGGUGUGCGUGUUCCUAAUGGUCUUGGAAAUCUAAUAAACUUGCAGACGCUACAAGCAUUGGAAUUACAGGAUGAGUCUCUUAGACAUUUAGGGGUGCUGAGGCAACUAAGAAGCUUGAGGUUAUGGAAUGUGAAGGGAAUCUGCAGUGGACGCAUCAGUGAGUCUUUGUUUCAGAUGCAAUCUUUGUCCGACUUAUCCGUGAGUGCAAGCGAUGAAAACGAGGUUCUAUUGUUGAAUGUCCUCCUGCCAAACCUGCAAAAGCUAUGUUUGAGAGGACGACUAGCGGAAGGGGUGUUGGAGGAGUCCCCUCUCUUCCAAGCUGCUGGGGGGCAGAACUUGCAUGAAUUGGUUCUGUCUUGGUCACAGUUGAGAGAAGACCCCCUGCCAUCUCUUUCUCGCCUUUCAAACUUGACAUUUCUAGAUUUCACCAGAGCAUAUACCGGAGAGCAUCUGGCAUUUUUCACGGGGUGGUUUCCGAAGCUGAAGAUUCUCUAUCUAAUAGACCUGCCUAAUCUGAAUCAGCUACAAAUACAACAAGGUGCCAUGGAAAGCCUUGAAAGAUUAUACUUAAUCAACCUCAGCAGCUUGACGGAGGUCCCACCUGGCAUUGAGUUCCUCGUGCCCCUACAGCGUCUAGUUUUUUAUGAAAUCAGCAGUGAAUUCUUGAUGUUGCUGCGCCAAUUCUCUGCAAUUGAAGGGACACAAUGGCAGCAUACUCUCCGUCGUUGACGUGCCACAGUGGUCGGCAAUGUGUACGUCACCUGCUGGAAGGAAGAAAGAAGCUUCAUUACAUGUACAACCAGUGUUUCCUCUGUUGCUGAUCUACUAUACCAUCCGGGUUUCCUCUGAUGUUUCAAGAAGCACUACGGCACCCUUUGCUGCUACUUCCACCUCCAUCUACAACUGCCCUCCUGCUAGUAUUAUUGUUGGCGUGCUUUUGCUUGUCAUGUUAUUUGCCUAUUGAUUGUUUCAAGCUGUGGCUUUUAAAACGCUUAUUGUAAGACUGAGACUGGGUCGUGUUCUCAUAUUCAGAAUAUUUCUAUUUUGCAUUACCUGUUUGUAUUUGUGUGUGCUAGUUGUGAACUACUCCCUCCGUUCACAGAUCAGAUGUAUAUAUUGUAGACACGUUGUAUGUGUUUGUUCACGCAUUUCAGUCUGUAUGCAGUCUACAUUGAAAUACCCAAAACAUCAUAUAUUUGUAAACGGAGGGAGCAUCUAUGUUGUCGCCUAUUUCAGUUCUGGCUGUUAAAUACUACUCGUGUUGUGAUUCAUAAUGACAGAUAUUUAUUUCCUUUUAA